GUAGAGCUUUGUCUUAUUUAAUACACAUCCACCCAUGAUGGUCUUCAGAGUACUAGAGGGAAGGUUCAGGACCACACAGCCCAGAAGAACAGCAGAAUCUACAAGAUCCACAAUGGCUAAGCUCUGUGCUUUCCUAGUGGUCCUGGUGGUGAUGAGCCACUGGUCAACCUGCUGUCUAGGAUGUGAUCUGCCUCAUACUCAUAACCUCAGAAACAAGAGAGCCUUCACACUCCUGGCACAAAUGAAGAGACUCUCCCCUGUCUCCUGCCUGAAGGACAGACAGGACUUUGGAUUCCGUUUGGAGAAGGUGGGUGCCCAGCAGAUCCAGAAGGCUCAAGCCAUCUCUAUCCUACAUGGGCUGAUCCAGCAUAUCCUCAGCCUCUUCACAUCAAAGGAGUCAUCUGCUGCUUGGGAUGCAACCCUCCUAGACUCAUUCUGCAAUGACCUCCAGCAGCAGCUGAGUGGUCUGCAAGCCUGUCAGAUGCAGCAAAUGGGGGUGCAGGAACCUCCCCUGGCCCAGGAAGACUCCCUACUGGCUGUGCGGGAAUACUUCCACAGGAUUACCGUGUACCUGAGAGAGAAGAAACACAGCCCCUGUGCCUGGGAGGUGGUCAGAGCAGAAGUCUGGAGAGCCCUGUCUUCCUCAGUCCACUUGCUGUCAAGACUGAGAGAAGAGAAGUGAGUCCUGAGACAAAGUGUGGAGAGGACUCUUCUGGACUAGGACACUGUAUCACACUUUGUAAGAGCUGCCUUAAAGACUCUCAUUACUUUCAGUAUGACUG